AUGUUGGAUGACUCAAAACGUUUCUGUUAGUUUGCUUGCUCCUAAAGCAAUAUGUUAUGCAUCUGGUAGCCUGUGGGGUGCCUUUCUGUGUUUAACGAUACCGAAAAUGCCGUCCGGCCUUUCCGACAAUGGCACCUGCUUAGCGGGUAUGCUCUGAUGGACUGGUGAACAGUCCAAGCACGCCGCUUAAGUAAACUCCAAGCUAGGACGCCUAACUCCGCAUGAUGUGUACAUCCUCAGCAAGAUUAUUUGAGACCACCAGUAACUGCAGAAGUAAGACCGGGUCUCAGUUUUAAGUCGAAUUCUCCUUGUUGUGCAUCUCGAAAAUGGCGAACACACCAUCCAACCGCCUUGUCUACAAAGUCCUUGAUGGCCAAGACAUCGAUGUUGAGGCCUACCUGCCGCCCCUUUCGGGUAACAUCCGAGGUGCUGGCCAACCCGUGAUUAUCGACAUCCACGGGGGUGCAUUCAUGCUCGGUGCAUCGGGCAUGGUCAAUAAGGACCAGGUCGAAGAUUGCCUCAACCGGGGCUGGAUAGUCCUGGUUCCAAACCAUCGAUUGUGUCCUCAGGUCAACCUCCUUGAAGGACCGAUGAAGGAUAUCCGCGAUCUUCUGGCAUGGAUACAUGACGGUGGUCUGCAGAAGGAAUUGUCCAUACUGGAAAGGGGCGACUACAAGGUCGAUCUGGAUUACGUAUUCGCGUUCGGCACCUCUUCUGGAGGCACUCUUGCUCUUAGUUUGGGCUUUGAUGUGCCGCGUCCUGUAGCCGGCAUCUACGAUAUGUAUGGACCGUGCAACUUCGCAGACGCAUUCUGGACAAUUCCUGUGGCGCACGUGAAGGCAAAACUGCCACCCUUGACCGAGGACUUCAUCUCAAAGAUAUUCGACGAAAGGCCUGUUCCGAUCGUUGGCGGUGUCUCGCUGGAAGGCCAGGCCAAUCCUGGUGGUCCAAACUUCAAUGACCCUCGUGUGGCAUUCGCGAUGACACAAAUUGGCAACGGGACAGUAAUGGAUGCAAUCUUCCCAUCGAAGGAAUGGAAGAAGGUUGAUCCACUCCUCAACCUGUCUAGCACUUUCCCUCCCACGUAUAUUGUGCAUGGCCAGGCAGAUACCAUGGUCCCGCUGAGCUUAAGUAAGGACUUGUAUGCAGCUUUGCAGAAGGCCGGCGUCAAGUGCGGUAUGACCGAAGUGCCUGGUGAAGAGCAUACCUUCGCUGGAAAGAUGAAGAUCGGAACUCAGACUUGGGAUCUGCAACGGAAAGGCUUCGACUUCCUGGAGAGUCUUAUAGUAUAAAUACAUCGUUAAUCUAAGCAAUGGCC